CAGCACUACUCUGCUGGCGUACGCGACAGCGUGAAGCUGGGGCCUGCUCUCCAGAGACUUCUGGGCACAUCAAGGAUCUCUCAAGCUCUAUGUCGCUGGCCUCACAAAAUCCAAGACAUGGCAGAUGGGGCACCGGCCAACCCCAAAGGGUUCAGGAAGAAGGUGCUGGUUAAACGCUCCACGGGGCAGAAGGACCCAAGACUCAGGGCCUCUCCUUCUAAAACCUCCAGGUCCAGCCUGGGUAUGAAGAAAUUCUUCGCCAUCGCAGUCCUGGCCGGCAGUGUUGUGACUACUGCCCACAGCAGCCUGUUCAACCUGAAGUCCAUGGUGGAAGCCAUCACACACAGAAACUCCAUCCUGUCUUUUGUGGGCUACGGCUGCUACUGCGGGCUGGGGGGACGCGGCCACCCCAUGGAUGAGAUGGACUGGUGCUGUCAUGCCCAUGACUGUUGCUACCAGAAGCUCUUCGACCAGGGCUGCCGCCCCUACGUGGACCACUAUGACCACAGGAUCGAGAAUGACACUGAGAUUGUCUGCACUGAGCUCAAUGAGACCGAGUGUGACAAGCAGACGUGUGACUGUGACAAGAACCUGACUCUGUGCCUCAAGGACCAUCCGUACAGCGAAAAGUACCGAGGCUACCUCAAUGUCUACUGUCACGGCCCCACACCCAACUGCAGCAUCUACGACCCGUACCCAGAGGAAGUCACCUGUGGACAUGGCCUCUCAACAACCCCUGUCUCAACCUAGCCUAACUGAGGUCCGAGAGAUAAGAGGGUGGAGUGUCUGGCUGGGGUCUACAUCUGAUGUGUGGGGCCAGACAGGGUGCAGGACUGUCCUGUGGCUCUGUCCUAGUCCUGUAGUGAGCUCGGUACAAGAAGAUUCUGGAAGGUCAGGGCUUGUUGGUGGCAUCACUCUGCUAGCCUCAACACUAAGUAAGCAUCUGGAGCAGGUCUUAGCAGAAAACACGACCUGCUGGGGUCUCUCCUGGAUAUGAAAGGAAAUGAUGUGGCCUCAGCUCAACUCCAAGAACCUUUGAGACCUUUCACAGGCCUGGAACUACACUCUAAGGCAGGCAGAGGGUUACAUUGAGGCCUUGGUUCUGGGAACCCCUGGAGUCCCCACAAGCUGACAUAAAGAGUCACUCUGCUUCAAGGACUUGUGGCCCUCUACAGUCUCAUUAGCAGAGUGGGUGGCCCCAUCUAGUCCCCAGCCAACAGGAUGCAUCUAGGCCCAAAGCCUGACCUCUGUUACCCAGAGUGCCUCCGGGCAGGCUCCGAGGGCACAGGGACCCCAUGUGCACAGUAGCUGCAUGUACAGGGAUUGGCGGAAGGUGGUCACAUGUCCACAGUUCUUCCUGCCCCUCUGACUCCUGCACAGAAUCGGUGUGUACCCACCUGUGCCAUUGUCCCACCCAAAUUC